AUGCUCGCGGCUACUCCCAACAACGGCAAGAAGACCCGCACUGAUGCUCCGUCGGGAUUUGGAAACAACUACUCGCCCAACCGGCCUGAAUUGCCUGGUUUGAUGCAUAAUCAACUCGCCAACUUGGGCAUGCGCGUCAGGAAAUCUAUCAACGACGGUUACAAGACCACCACCAACAAGCCCAUAUUCGGCUGCCCCACCAACACCACAGACGUGUCCCCGCAAAAAACCAUCGACAUCCAGCUUCAGCAACAACAACAACACCAACAACAGCAGACCCAAUUCAACACCCAACAAUCGUACCAGCAGAUGCAGCCCCAGCAAGCACAACAACAGCAGUACCAGCAACAAGCACCCAACCCGCGCAAGAGGCAGCUGACGAUGACGGACUAUUAUAGCUCGAACCAGCAGUAG